UGUUUUUAAUGAUAGUGUAUUUGCGCCAAAAUUUGUCAUUUUUAAUGUCAUUGGAAUGUAUCAUUGGAAAAUGAUCAUUGAAAAAUGAUAGUGUAUUUCAGCCUUAAUUAGCUUUAAAAAAAUUUUCUUUUUCAUAUUGUAAACAUGGUUUGGUGUGCAGCAGUAGGAUGUAAAAGUUACCAAGCAAAAAAUCAAAACUUAUCUUUUUUUAAGCUGCCAAAGGAUAAAAAGCUUGCUGCAGAAUGGAAAGCAAAAAUAAAGCGGGAAGAUCUUCCUCAGCUAGUUUUUCUAUGCGAGAAUCAUUUUAAAGGGCACUGUUUUGAUCAGUCGAUUGAGAUGCUCUCAGCCGAUCGUCAUAUUCAAAUGAAGAAAUUGAUGGAGACGGAUGACAGAUUCAAGCACUUAAUCCAUCAGUUUGAUCCCUGGCAUUUGGUUAAGUUGGCGAAGAAAAAGUGUCGGUUAUGUUCUUGAAAGUAAUAACUUUAAUAAAUGUUUUUAUAUGUACUCUUGUGUUCUACAAUAGCAUGUCAAGAUCUAGGACAAUGGAUACCUUCGAUCAUCAACUAUUUGUACUGGUCAAUUAGUACGUGUAAGGGUAAUGCUUUGGAGCUUGAGGAAAGAUUCCUACCUUGUAUGCAUCACUGUGUCAAUCGUCACGCGUUUCCCGGAAAUAAAUUUUAUAAAGCUUGCGAACACGGAGAAAUUAAUGAUACUGCGUGGUUGAAAUUUGAUUCUCCAGCACACAAGGCUUUAAAAAGUGUCAUUUUCGACGACAAAAAUCUGCUUAAGGACUUUAUGAAGCUGAAUGAAAAUAUCUUCACUACUCAUUUGGAGGUUUUUCACGCCCUUAAAAUCCGGUACCUUCCUAAAAGUGUUUUUAACGAACAGGAAAAAAUGCAUACAGGGAUGAAAUUAGCUGCCCUAGACCAUAAUCUUAACAUCAACCGUAAUCAGGUAAAGAAUACUUGUUUUUUUUGUUUCUUAAACACUAGCGUUAAAUUACAUUAUAAAAUGAUUUUUAACACGCAACGAAGAUAAAGAAAAGUGAAGGAUCUUUUGUUCCCAAGUUUGAGGUGUCUUGGCACAGAUAUUCAAAGCGCUUUGUAGCAAAGAAGGUGAAAAAGGAUAAAACGAAUUCUUUUUUUCGUGACAUUACCUUAGGUGCAUAUUUCCGUGCAGUAGAGAAAAAGAAGAAUUGACGUUUGCGAAGAAAACAAGCCUUCAAUACCCCUGCCGAAAGACCCUGUAGAGAGGAAAUUGUUGAAAACUCAAUUAAAUACUCACGAAUGACAUAAUUUUGUUUUACUCUUUAUUUCAUGUAAUUUGUACAUAUUAUUUAUUUAAUAAAUCAUCUAUCUCAUAAAUAUUUAAUACUUCGGAACAUAUCAACAAGGCAUUCUAAACACGAAUUAUGUCACCACGAGGCAUCCUAUAAUUCUUUGGUCCUUGUGACUUCAAUUAUGCAGCCAUUAUGAAUUUCAAAG